GUGAAGUGAAAAGUGAAACAUUUGGGAAACGGGUUCAUCUUUCAAAUUAUUGUCUUUCAGAACAAACAUGAAGAUCACAAUUUUCGCCACUGUCGCCUUGACCGCCGUCGUUGGUAUGGCAUUUGCCGACGAAAUGUUCAAUAACUGGAACAACAACAACGGAUGGGGCAAUGACGAUGGAUUCGGUGGUGCUUCAGGAUUCGGUGGUGCUUCAUUUGGAGGUAUCGGCCAGAUCAGUGGCGGAGGAUUCGGACAACAAGUAGGAUACGGUUCCGGAUACGGCUCAGGAUACGGUUCAGGCUAUGGAUCAGGAUACGGCUCAGGAUACGGAAAAGGAUACGGUGUAGCACAGGCUUCUUACAUUCCAGUUCCAGCUAUGCCCAAGACCGGAGGCUCUGGCAACUCUUUCUUGUCCAUCUUUGCUUUGUUGUUCCUUCUCCCACUCCUGUUCAACAGAUCUUCCAGCCAGGACCAGAUUAUCCUCCUCAACUCAACACUCGAGGGUUAAAUCAUCUAUAUUAUUCACCACAUGCUUCGCCAGCAGUUACCAAUGCCACACAGUGCAGGUGCGUUUUGAUCACAGCGCCAACCUUCGC